UUGCCACAACCUGUUGUGUAGCUUUAUAAAACUCGCAAGAAUUUGGAUAUUACCGCGCACCCAUCGUCAAGAGUACUGGUGCCUAUAUAUGUGUGUCAGCAGCCGUGCAUGCCCGUCUCAAAGGCUUUCGGUUUAGGUCUACACGAAACGGGUCUUUCCCCACAAGCUUUAUAAUAGUACGUCAUUUUCCUACGUGGUUCCUCUUUGUCUCUUGUGAGGGCAGACGGUUUACCAGUCCAUCAGCUGUCACUCCUCUUCUGCUAAAUGCCAUGGCUCUUCCAGAACAACUUCAGCUUCAAGCCAUUAAUCAAAUUGCAGAGGCUCUCAGCAGCGGUGAACGCAGGUGCCUCUUCUACCUGUGCGGAAGCUUGGACACGGACUACAGCGUGGCUUGCAUGAAGGAGAUGCUGAAAUGUAAAGUGAUGCGCCAUGAGACCGGUCAGCUGUUCCUGAGGGAGCUGAUGUUGCAAUUGAGACGCUUUGAUAUCCUGAGGAAGGUGUGUAAAACCAGCAGAGAGGAGGUGGAGAUGACUCUGAUGUACAGGCGGGUUCUGCCAAGAUUCAGAGUAUUGAUGGCUAAUAUAAGUGAAGAUAUGGCCAGUGAAGAUCUGAACAGUGUGAAGUUCUUGUUAGGCACCACAUUACCCCAUCAGAAGGUGGAAAAAGCAAAGAGCUUUCUGGAUGUGAUAAUAGAACUUGAGAAGCUGGACAUAGUUUCACCUGAAAGAGUGGACUUUGUAGAGGAAUGUUUGCUGAACAUCGGCAGGGUCGACCUAGCCAAAAAAGUGACUGCGUACAAGACAUCAGUUGCAACAUCUGAACAACAUUCAUCCCAACAGCAAAGGUGCAGAACUCCUCGUCCAUUCCCCCCUCCAAAUAGCUCUUAUCUGCUACAGCAAACAAGACAAGCAGAGCCCCGUCACAGUGCGACAGAAAACAUACCAGUGUCUGUAUACAGAGAGCAGAGCCAUCAGAGCCAGCUAGAUUUGUACAAGUUUAACACUAAUCCCAGAGGAACUUGUGUUAUCAUAGACUGCGUGGGUAAUGAUGGAGACAUGUUGGAACAGACAUUUAAGGCUCUUCACUUCAACGUGGUCAUCUACAAGUGGCUGAGUGUGGAUGACAUUUUGGCAGCUCUCAGAGGGAUCUUCAGACAGAGAGAGAACCUUGAAGGUGACGGCUUUGUCUGCUGCAUCAUUAGCCGUGGUACUUCAAAUAGACUCCUGGGUACAGACCCGUACAGUGUAGGUCUGCAGCUGGACAAUGUCAGACAUCUUUUCAAUGGUGAUGCAUGCCCAAUGCUUGCUGGCAAGCCCAAGCUCUUCUUCAUCCAGAGAUACAGCGUCCCCGAGUUUCAGCCCUGUGCCAGGAUAGACCACCGGGAUGAGGAUCUGGAGACAGAUGGGUGUGAUGGGCUGCCCAGAUAUGAUUUAAUCCCUUCAGAUGCAGAUGUGUUCUGGAGUCACUGCUGGACGGAUGAACGUCAACUGGAGCAAGGACACCAUCGCUCCAUUUACCUGAAGGCUCUGACAGAUGCCUUACACAAAGGCCAAAGGAGGAAAUCAUGUCUUGUUGAUGUCCAUACUGAAGUGAAUGGGGCCAUUUUUGAACACAACAAAAGGAAUCCUGCAGCUGAGUACCUCAUUGAACUGAAACAUACUCUGCGGAAAGAUCUUUACUUGCAAUAGAGAAUGUAUCUCUUUCACCAAACCUGUUCUGUCAGCCUGAUAUCAAUGUCAUAUAUUCCUUGCCACUGAAGAACCCUUUUUACUGUGCAUGCAGUGACACCUGCUGGUUGCAUUAACUCAAAACACUUGCACUUAAUUUCACAGAUGAAGCAAAACCUAUUUAACUGGUUGUUUUAAUAUAUAUUUAAGUAAUUUUUGAAUACUCACUCAAUAUGAUUUUUACAUGUAUGUUUUAGUUCUUUUAUAACAGACAAACCCAUGUACCUGCAUGACUUAAUAGUAAUGUGAACAAUAAGACCCUACUUCCCACACAAUACAGACCCAGUAUGUUUAAACAUGCACACAACAUACAGUAUUGUAUAUGUCACUUAUUUUGAAGCAUAAAUGUGAAUAGCCUUUAUCUUGCCUCAUACAUUGUAGCUAAAACAGGUAUGUGUUUUUGUUACCUGUAUGACUUUGGGAUGAAGUAAACACUACAGUCUAUCUAUCUAUCUAUCUAUCUAUCUAUCUAUCUAUCUAUCUAUCUAUCUAUCUAUCUAUCUAUCUAUCUAUCUAUCUAUCUCAUACAGUGAUGUCUCUCAGUGCUUCUAUUGCAUUUAUACUUUUUAAAGUUUCUUUUAUUUUUACACUGUUUUAUCUGUUUUCUGGCUUUUGACUUUUUGUAAAGCAGUCUAUAACUUAUUUUACAAAAGAUGCAGUUUAUGUUCUUUAAUAUUAACAUAUUCUGUAUCUUUAUGUUCCCAAUAUAUGAAGGAUUCUAGGCACUGCUGUGUUAUAUGUAUGCAUGUAGGCUACCAGCAUAAUUUCAUAUAUAGUUGUCAUUUUGAUACAGGUGUGCAAAAUAAAAUAGUAAGGAAAUUAAACAUCGUAUUGAAACAAUUUCUUCGUCUUAUCUGACGAUAAUAAUAUAUGAUAAUAUAUAGUAAUAUAUCUAUGCUUUUAUUACUUUCAAUAUGUUUUAAUGAUAAAACCUUAUGUACUUAUCACCCCAGCUGUAUGUUUGGCUUUUUUUCAUUUUUGUAUAUCAUACUAAUUCUGUUUGCUACAUUACAAUA